CAGUAUGUCGGGUCUGGUAUCAGAAGGCAAGAGCGGUUCGUUCUUUUACUACAGUCAUGACGGAAAGUACAUGUUCAAAACAAUCUCAACAUCCGAAUCCAACGCUCUCUUAUCGAUGCUGAGCGAGUACACCAAAUAUGUGAAGGAGAACCCCACCACGCUGCUGACCCGAUACUUCGGGUUGUAUCGCAUACGCUUCAGGAAAGUCAAGACACACUUUGUGGUCAUGGGCAACGUAUUCCACACAAGCUUACCCAUGGACGUACGGUUUGAUAUUAAAGGCUCCAUGUACGGCAGGACUUCUCUGAAUGAAAAUUUGGGGCACUUCACAGACAGUGGCAUCAUAUACAAGGAUUUGGAUUGGCUCGCCAGUGGUAGGCGAUUACGGCUGGGGAAGCAGAUCACAAACUCACUGUGGGAACAGUGUGAAAGGGACGCUCAUUUCUUACGCGACAACGGAGUGCUGGACUAUAGUAUGCUCAUUGGUAUUCAUGACAGCACGCAGAGCCUUGCCUUGACAAGAGAACAAUUUGCUCAGGAAAAUCAGGAAGUUUUAAAGGAUAAGUACGAGCAAUUGACAAAAUCAGGAGAAGGGGGCGCUCCUCCGCUGUUUGCGUCGUUAGACUACCACACAUUCGAGUCGUUGGCGUUUGAGCAUCACACACAACUGGAUGAACACCACGCCCGCCAUCUGGUGCGCCGGUUUGAGCCCAAAAUACAGCCCGGAAGUGGCUUUGGUCCAUUGGCUACCAUGGAAGUGAACGAUUAUUGCCAUGUGACUUGGGGAGAAAGCGUGGUAUUCAUCGGCAUCAUCGACACGUUGAUAACAUUCGAGGGCAUUAAGCAAGCAGAGCACCUAGUAAAAGCCGUUCUUCACCACAACAAACAAGUUUCGGUCGUGCCGCCACCGGAAUACUGCAGCCGAUUUUUAAAAUUCGUGCGUGAGAGAGUGCUGGAUGGAUUUCCUGCCAGUUCCGAACCGUCAUCCGAACUAUCCUCGAGUUUCAAGUCAUUAAACGGCAGCAGUAAUUCAUUGCCGACAAGUCCGGGGACACAACACACUCAGAUUAAACGUCACGGCAGAAAAAUAUCAUGGUCCGCUACAAGUAACCACAUGGUGGGAAUUGUUGGUAGUAAGGAUAACGUACACAAAUGACAGCAGCGUAUGUUUUUAUAGACUUCGUUUGACUUAGAAGUAGAUGAAUAAAGAGGACAAUAUUUAACGAGCAAAAGGGGGGUUACAGUGGAUGUAUAUACCGGCCUCUUUAACCACAUCCGCCUUUGUUGUAUCGAAUUGGGCAGAAUGGGCCGAAGUACUCUGCCCAUCAUAUGAAAGGCAUUCACACCAUUCACACAUGCACUUGAAUUGCACUUGAAUUGGACUGAGCAUGUCUCUGGAGGGGAGAAGAAAACGGAAAGUCAUCCCUCUCCUCCGGAUCGAUGGUUUCAGAGAGAGCCCUGACCUCCAGAGCGCCGUGGACGAAGUAGCUGUUUAGAAGACCAAUCAUCUGCUUUUCUUUGCAAUUUAUGUGUAUCAACAGAUAUUGUAGACUGAAGACGGGUAGCUAAGCAACGGGAUCGUCAUGGUGUAGAUUUUUUUUAGAAAAACAAGACGGGCCAGAUAUGCAUUACAUAUUUAAAAAAAAUAUUAUAUGAGUCUACGAC